AUGCCUGUGUUGAAGGAAGCCAAGUACAGAGUCCUGAACAAAGAUGCGUUGGAGAUUUUGGACAUGGAACAGAUGGAACUUCUGGCUGACAGAGGCAACUGGGAGGUGAUCGUAGCGGCGAGAGUUCGACAACCGAAGGUGAAAAGGGUUCUGAAGAAGUUCUUGUUGUUUGAGGAUGACGACGAAACCUCAAGGAUGCGGAAAUGGUCCUCCUUUAAACACGAGCUAUCCAUCUUGCAAUCCCUGGAGCACCAUAACAUCGUCAGGGUGUUGGCUGCUUUUCAGUGCCCGUCCUACUUGGGUAUUGCGAUGGGGUAUCAUCCCACGGAUCUUCACCGUGGACUGCUUGACGUGACCUACACCGAGGCGGAAUCCUACACAAGUCAGCUCACGGACGUCAUGUGCUACUUGCACGGUCAGCGCAUCAUCCACGGAGAUCUCAAGCUAGGGAACGUUCUCCUAGACAGAGCCGGCAGGGUCAAACUCUGUGACUUCGGUCACUCUCAGGUCAUUCCCGAUGAUACAGACAAGCCCGACGGGUGGAGAGGCACCGACGGUUAUUUGCCACCAGAGUUAUACCACAGCCAAGUUCACAACGCCUUCAAGAUGGACAACUACUCCCUGGGCAUCUUGAUGUGGGCUUUGUUCUUCGGGACUACUCCUCGCGACAACAUUAACUAUCUGUACAAAGUGGGCAACAGUUCGUUUCUCAAGCCACAACACAAGCAUUGUCUUCUGCGGCUUCUGGCUCUAUCCCCGACACACCGAGCAGACAUUUGGGAGAUUGCUGGGAUUCUCAAGGACGAGGACACAUCAGAACGUUACGUGAGGACGGGCUCUGUGUGUUCUCUGAGCUCAGAGUGUUCUUCGGACUCUGCUCAAGCGAACCAGUCAUCUCCAGACAACGGUUCUUCUGUAACGGAACGUCCAGAGAGUGCGGCCGUGUCAAACCAGUUUCGUGCCCCACCGACCCCACACCCCCAGGCCACAUCCUGCUACCUUCUUCCUCAAACGGCAUAUCCUGACAGUGGAGACGUCAGAACCAGCCUGGCUCCGAGUUGGCCACCUCUCCACAAAGACCUUUGA